AUGGAGCCGUGGCUGGAACUGCGAUCAGGUGCGCCAGGCCUUGACGGACCAUUUCUUCUGGAGCGCCGACUUGGCUAUCAAAUAUUCGACGAACGAGCUGAGCAGCCAGAUGUGUUUCUUGCCAUUGGAGGCAAAACCAAGAGGCGUUUUCUGCGGCGUCUGCGGGCAGGACCUAGUGUCAAACACAACGGGGUCAUUAUAGAAGAAAUUCUUAGUUCCACGAUCCUGCUCGAUUGCGAAUUGCACGAUUCAACGCUUCCCCGAAUUAAAGCUGAACCAUACAUAGAGAGUUGUCCCCGACAUCACCUAUUGACGACGACAAUCUCCGACAUCAGUACACCGCAAGAAAUCGCAAGAUGUGCCUUCGACUUCGUGUGGCAAGCACUGGUUCCAUUCAGCUCGACCAUUGUAGUGUUCAUGGACGACUUAGGCGGGCUGGUACAAUUGAGUGAUAUUUUAGCUACAUGGGCAGCGCGACCUACACAAUCCCAGCCCAGAAUUGUCGUCCUUCACGAUGCUCAGCUCCGCGUUAAUCAAGGACACUUCGAAACGAUGGUGUUAAGGAAGCUUGGUGCCCGACUGCUACAGCUCGAACUGUUAGGCUCACCGAGGCGGCGGCGAAUGCCAUUUGAGAGUGUGCAUUUUCUGCCCAUCAACAAUGCAUCCGCUGUAGAUAUCCUUUCUCACAUCGAUCGAGCAUCGGCCAUACGUCGGAAGAUGGGUCUUGCUUUCCGCUCACAACACCUUACAGACCUCCUGCAUCAGUCAAUUAAACAAUUUGCAGCAGCCGAACCAGCUCCCUUUGAUCUUUAUACCACAGCAAGAAGAUGUAAUCCUGUAUCCAAAAGCUUAGCUUCGAACAUUACCCAUUUCCUAGCUAUCAGUCGAAAUCUUCAUUUUGACAGGCCAUCUGUUAUAGCCUCGGCGUUGGUGCUUGAUGCCUUGCCUCCGGGGAUGCACGCAUUCCUUCCUGGCUCUAUGUUUGAUCAUUUUUAUCAUGACAUUCUUGCCUCGGUCGACGCGGCCCUCGGCUUGUCUCUAUCUGCCUCUACACGUGCCCGAUUCAUCCAACUCGUGGAGGAGAGGCGAGACAAGUCUACACAUGUGCAACAUGUUUCCUUCAUCGCGAAACAGCAGGGUCUCUGGAUGAAUUGUCAAUCCACUGAGAUCUGCCUUGUCUGCCUGGCUCGUCCACCCAGAAGACGUCUGUCAUGUGGGCAUCGUCUAUGUGAUGCCUGUGUGAUCAUGUGUGAGCUGGUGCCUUUGCCUAGUGCUGACUGGCCGAGAGAUUAUUGUCCACUCUGCCAAAAGAAGAAUAGUAUCGAACUUAUUCUGCGACCUGCCACCGCUGGCGUUCGAGCGCUCAAGUUGGGAGGAACGCUUCAAUCAACAGCUGCUAUGGUUGACUUCCUCCGACAGCUGCAAUAUCAUAUCGGUCUACCCUUACACGCUCUUCGUAAACAAUUUGACAUGGUGAUUGGAUCAGAUAUAGGCGUUUUCUUUGCUCAGACUAUCUUCCUCGAGGGCUGGACGAUAGCGGAGAGCGGACAUCAUGUCAACAAACUAGCCGAACCUAACCUGACGAAGCGUUCAACCAUCUCGUUCGGCAAAGGGCUUGAAUGGGAUCUGGAAACGACACGGCUCUUUAACGAACUUGACGUGACGUUAAAAGUCAAAGACAUGAUCUAUUCCAACACAAAUAACACAGAUUAG